UCUCAUCGUGGCUGAUUCACUCAUCCUCUUGUCCCGACACGCCAUUCCAUUCGUGCUGCACCCGACAUUUCACCAGUGCAUGCUGCUCCAUCCCGACUCGAAACCCUGCAAAAGAACUCGUCCGCUGAGAGCAGCCUUGCAAAAUCUAACACCUUCUUUGACUUUUGACAAAGCCAUACUUGGAAAUGUUUGACAGGUCUGCUCAGAAAAUGCUCACUUUUGCUUUGUAUGUUUCAUACUUGGAUUGUGCAUCACACCGCCCAGACCCGCAGAGCCCUUUCGGAUUUCGUCCGUCUGCUUCGCUUCUACUUUGUCUCCACCUUCAAGCAAACUAACCAAGUCUGAAGCCAGCGCACAAACAAAACAAAGCAAAAGCCCAAACCUCCAAGAUCACAAGCAACCGGAAGACUCGCUCUCUACCGCACAGCAAGAGAAUUGCUCGUGUCACAAUUUCCUAUGCAAAUGCGACGUUGGACGCCAACUUUGUGCCCUGGGCGCAUGGCACUGCCGCUCCUGCUCCUCGCCGUGCUGGGCAGCCUUGUGGCUUGCGUUGGAGCGCAGUCAAGCACUGGUAGCAGCCUGACACCCACUGCGACCGUUGCGCCGCGUUUCUGCGAACCAACCACCAACAUGACGGCGCAGUGCAGCAAUCGCGGCUCUUGCUCAGCGUCCGGUGCCGCAUGCGUUUGCAGCGCGCCAUAUUUUGGCACAAGAUGCGAGUACGGUUGCGAUGGCAAUCUCCAGCGGUACCCGCUCGUCAACGGCACACGCGGCUUUCUUUCCGAUGGCCCUGGGCUCUACUCUGCCAAUCUAAACUGCCAGUUUGAGCUGCAGCUCCCCGCAGGCAAUCCCGAUGGCCUCGUAAUCAGCAUACGGGUCACACAAAUGGACCUGGAGUGCAGCUGGGACUACCUAUUCAUCUUUGACGGCCCCAGUGUGCGCUCGCCCAUGGUUGCUGCCCUGACUGGCCAGUUGUUUGCAACCCAUGACUUUGUCAUCCGCUCCGAAGCAGCGCUUUUGACGUUUUACUCGGACUAUGGCUAUUCUUUGAGUGGCUACAAUGUGUCAUAUCAGGCAUCGAGCUGCCCGUUUGCUUGCAGCGACCGGGGCUAUUGUGAGGCUGGCCGUUGCUCAUGCCCCGCCGGCUGGACUGGCGAGUACUGUGAACUCGAAGUCUGCCCAAACGAUUGCAGUGGGAGCGGUACAUGCUUUGCUGCUGCACGAACGUGUGUGUGCUUUCCGGGAUACACUGGUCGCGACUGCUCCGUGGACAUUUCAGCUGGCGGAUUUUCGUCGUUGGCAACCAACACGACGUCCCUCGCCAAUGUGCCGAAUGGCCGUGUCUUCCACUCUGCUGUGCUGAUUUCGCCAAUGGUGUAUAUUUUCGGUGGUUUUUCUACCGACUUUACCGUGACAGCCAGACUUUUGCGUUUCCGAGUUACCGACCAGUCCUGGUCGUUCAUCACCCCAGUCACCGGCUCUGCGCCCAGUGGCCGAUACUCUCACUCGGCAUUUGCAGUUGGAAACGCCAUGUACAUCUAUGGUGGUAUUGAUGCCACCAAAGCCUACCUCUCGGAGCUAUGGCGAUAUGACGUGACCGGAAACUCUUGGUCGCUUGUCGUGCCCACAUCUGGCACUCUGCAGCAAAUUUCUGGCCACACGACGACCGUCUCUGGUCUUAAAGCGAUUGUUCUUGGCGGAUAUUCACCUUUCGGAUAUGUGCAAACUGUCCAAGAGUAUUCUUUCGAUACCAAUACUGUUGCCACAUUCACACCGACUGGAUUUGCGCCUAUUCGCAUUUUUGGGCAUUCGGCGGUUCUGGAUGGCUCUGGCGCCAUCUUUGUCUACGGCGGAAGUUCACCAGACAACAUGCUGGGCGCCAGUGCUUCGGCUGACCUGUAUGCGUACUGGGUGAAUGAUCGCAGCUGGUCGCUGUUGACUGCUGGGCCGACGCCCUCGUACUUCCACACCGCCAUCCUGCUGCCAGGAACAACAACGAUGGCCGUGUUCGGAGGGUACGUUUAUUCGUAUCAGAGCCCUCCGGUCUGCUUCGAGUCGGACACUUUCACGUAUGAUACAGCGUGUGCGACCUGGAAUGCCCAGCCGUCAGGUUUUGCUGGAGGCAGUGCCAUUUUCGGCGGCCGCUUUGGCCAUGCAACAGUCACAUUGAAUAAUGGCGCUCUGCUCAUGUUUGGCGGCUAUCGCGGGUGGGUUUUGAGCGAUGUCGUCAUGCUGUCUCCAGCGAUUUGUGCAAACUUUAGUGAUCCCAACGCCUGCCAGGAGAACUCGGGCUGUGGGUGGUGCGCUUCGACUCUGCAAUGCGUUGUCGUCUCAGUAACGCCUUUUUGUCCAGGAACCAGUGUCCGACCAGCGACUGCAACCACGUGCGCUGUAGACGGCUGCAUCUUUGCGCACUCGUGCACCACAUGCGUGAGCACCUCCAGCAGUGGCGUGCGCUGUCGAUGGUGCUCUGACACUGCUACGUGUCGCUCAGCCUCCGCAACAUCGUCCUGCGCGAUGGUGUCGGAUGCAUCGUCUUGCUCGGCAGUGGCUCGCACCACUCCUGUGCCAUGCGCCUCCCGUUACGAAUGCUCCGAAUGCAACAACGAUGCCACUUGCAUGUGGUCGCUCCCGUACUAUGGUGGUGUGACCAAGUGCUCUGCUCGCACCAGCUCAAACCCUGUUUGCCCAUUGCCAUGCAGCAGCUUGACCAAUUGUGGAGACUGUUUGGACGUGGAUGCAGGGGCCUGCUUGUGGUGUACAUCGUCGCGGACGUGCGUUGCAUCCAAGGACUACGUUGCGUUGAAUGCCGUGGGUCAGUGCCAACAGUACCAGUCCGGAUCGGGGUUGUAUUGCCCCGUUGACUGCGAGUCGCGGCAGUCGUGUUCUAGUUGUCUCGCCGGCUCCGGCUGUGGCUGGUGUGGACUUGACGUUGCCACCGGCACUGGUCGCUGCACGAGUGCGACCUCGGCCUCAAACUGCUCCGCGCAAGCAUGGUACUUUUCGCAAUGCCCAGCAUGUGAGUGCAACGGACAUAGCACAUGCAGUGCGUCUGGCGACUGUCUGGCGUGUGCCAACCGCACGGGCGGGACGCAUUGCGAGUCUUGCCUUGCUGGAUACUUUGGAAACGCGCAAAACGGUGGCUCUUGCUCCCAGUGCACCAUGCAAUUCCACAACAUUACUUGCUACUCGUGCGACUCCACGACCGGCGCGUGCACGAAUUGCUCAGACUACCGCUCGGGCCCUACCUGUAGUUCCUGCAUGCCUGGCUACUACGAAUCCUUCUACACGAAGCAAUGCCUGCCAUGCAACUGUAACGGGCACAGCUCAUCGUGCGACACCGUUUCGGGCCAGUGUCAAUCGUGCGACUAUGGCUAUAUGGGCUCGACAUGUGGCGAAUGUCGCAAUGGCUUUGUUGGGAAUGCUCGCAAUGGAGGGCUGUGCUUUUUCCCCAUGAGCUCCAACACCAAGUACCAAUUCACGGUUGUCUUCCAGACAAUCUACUUUGUCUACGAGCCCAUCGAAGACGGCGUUGACUUGAGCUUUUCGCUGACUCUGCUGCCCCUCACUCCGGCUCUUCCAGACGUGACUGUAGAUCUCUGGGGCCAAACCGGCCCUGAUCCCAACACUGAUCGAAUCUACCUCUUGCGCAACCGACGAGUCAACAGCUUCAUCCUGAGCAUUUCCGACCGGCAGUUUGACAUGUCCAACACCGUCUUCUACUUUCACAUUUCCACGAACGCAAACAUCAACUUUGAGGUUUCGUUCAUGCAAGACCCGCCGCCGCUCAACCUCAUCCACUUCUUUUUGACGUUUUUCGCGUGCUUUUGCGCCCUUUUGCUGGCCGCGUUCAUUGUGUGGCGCAUUCGUGUGCGCUUUGAGCACAACCAGUUUGUGCGCGAAAUUACGCUGGCCUUCGAGCAAAUGUCGACGCGGCCCUCUGCCAGCAUCACUCUGUGGGACUUUUGCCAAGCAGACGGUGCACGUGUUGUGCACACAAAGACUGUCCCUCUUGCCAUUGAGCCGUUCAGAGACGGGAAAGCUGCCGUGAUGACGUUUGCUCUGGAAGUUCCAGCCAAGCCAGGAGCUCCCAGACAGGUCUGCCUAGCGUCAGCGCUCAUUUCCACUUCCGAAGACCUUGUGGCGUCCGCCCAGAUGGACGGCGAGGAAGACGAUGGCGAAGACCCGGAACAAGUGAAGAGCGAGAGCCGAAAGUUGGGCGCAAGGGUGCGCCGUCGCUUCCAAAGGUUUAGGCAUCGCGAUGAUCGGGCUGCACCAACAACGGAGGCUUCCCGCGAUGUGCCUGCACCUGCAGGGGCCGAGUCUAUUGAAAUGUCCGAUUUGCCUCCACGCACGGCGCGGGACACGUCCGAGUAGCGAAUGCCCGCUUCGAGUGAUCUUCACUUGCGACUUUCUACCUAGUGUGUGUAAUUGUGUGUGUCUUAUUACUGGAUUGGGUUUUGUGUGUGUGUGUGUGUGUGCGUGUGUGUGUGUGCGUUGUUUCGUUGUGUGGAAAUGCUCAUAGUUAUCGAAUUGUACUUUUUUUUUCUGCCGUACUGUAUGGGGAAAUGUGUGUCGUCCCC